AAACAGCACCUGGAGAUCACUCGCGGGAAAAUCUCGAUUACAUACAUGACUGAGAUGCGAAUACCCUCUGCUACCCAGCAUUCUGCAGUUUUCUUAUGGUGAACUCUUGAUGGAUUGGACUCCUGGUUGCUGGCAACUCCUGGGCUGGAGAAAUAGCUAUGAUCAGACCGGGGCUUAGAAGGCAGUAUUUUCGUCCACUGAAGAAGAGGAGUUUGUUGCUGUUGAGACUCGUAGCUAUUGUCUUUGCUGUGCUUCUGUUUUGUGAAUUUUUAAUCUAUUACUUAGUGAUCUUUCGGUGUCAUUGGCCUGAGGUGAAAACUCCAGCCUCUGAUGGCAAACGAGCCACACUUGAUCCUGUGCUGAAAGCCAUGUUUCUGGCUGAUACUCACCUGCUUGGGGAAGUCCAAGGCCACUGGCUAGACAAAUUACGAAGGGAAUGGCAAAUGGAGAGAGCUUUCCAGACGGCGCUGUGGUUGCUGCAGCCAGAAGUUGUCUUCAUUCUGGGGGAUAUCUUUGAUGAAGGAAAAUGGAGCUCUGCCCAGGCCUGGGCGGAUGAUGUGGCUCGGUUUCAGAAAAUGUUCAGACAUCCAAGUCAUGUGCAGCUGAAGGUAGUUGCUGGUAACCAUGACAUUGGCUUCCACUAUGCGAUGAGUACAUACACGGUAAAACGGUUUGAGAAAGUUUUCAACUCUGAGAGGCUGUUUUCCUGGAAAGGUGUUAACUUCGUGAUGGUCAACAGCAUCGCGCUGGAAGGGGACAGUUGUGUCAUCUGUUCUGAGGCAGAAGCUGAACUCAUCGAAAUUUCCCACAGGCUGAAUUGCUCCCAACAGCAGGAACAUCGUUCUAGCCGGUGUCGCAACAGGCAGCCGCUACCCAUGUCUGCUCCUGUCCUCCUGCAGCAUUAUCCGCUCUACCGCAGAAGUGAUGCUAAUUGUUCUGGGGAAGAUGCUGCACCUCCCGAGGAAAGGAACAUCCCGUUCAAGGAGAAAUAUGACGUGCUUUCUCGUCAGGCUUCACAAAAGCUGCUGUGGUGGCUCCGGCCACGGCUGGUCCUCAGCGGCCACACGCAUAGCGCCUGCGAGGUGCUCCACGAGGGAGGACUCCCUGAGCUCAGCAUCCCGUCUUUCAGUUGGAGGAACAGAAACAACCCCAGUUUCGUCAUGGGCAGCAUAACAUCCUCAGACUAUGCCCUCUCCAAGUGCUACCUGCCACUAGAGAACACCGUUCUGACCACCUACUGUGGGGCAGCUGGGAUCCUGGUGGUCCUCACGCUUAUUCACUUUGAGCUGUUAGCCUCACCUUUUCUUUUUGGGUGGAACCUGCUCAGAAAACACAAGACAAGAUGAAGAGCAGGCGAUGUUUGCAUUUAGUAGUAAACAUCAAAGCCCAAGAGAUGGAAUUCGGGCAGAGAUCACAUUAGAGUCACGUGGACAGUGAGACUGAAAGUGCUGUCUUUAUGCACAUUACAGAAAUUCUAUUUUUUUUUAAGUGAGAAAGCAGAAUUCAUUGAGAGGACAGAAAAGCUCCCACAGUGGGAGAGGACCCGAAGGGGUUGCCCCAUCACAGAAAUUCUUAAUCAUCGAUGUGAGUUACUGCAGAAUAAACAGUUGAUUGCACCGUCCUCAUGCUAUAAAAAUGGAACACGUACUCUACAACUAAUCUGUC